CCACCGCAGGUAUUUAAGGUCCAAAAGCAGCUGGGAACUGUUGAGGCCACCCGGGUGGUGGCACCAGACCGUUUCCAGGCAGGCAGACCCCAGGGCCUUCCCCACCAGCCACGCUGUCCAUGGAUUUUGUUGCUGGAGCCAUCGGAGGCGUCUGCGGUGUUGCUGUGGGCUACCCCCUGGACACGGUGAAGGUCAGGAUCCAGACGGAGCCCAGGUACACCGGCAUCUGGCACUGUGUCUGGGACACGUAUCGCCGAGAGCGGGUGUGGGGCUUCUACAGGGGCCUCUCACUGCCCGUGUGCACGGUGUCCUUGGUCUCAUCUCUGUCCUUCGGCACCUACCGCCACUGCCUCUCGCACAUCUGCCGGUUCCGGUACGGCAGCGCUGAUGCCAAGCCCGCGAAGACCGACAUCACGCUCUCAGGAUUCGCUUCCGGGCUCGUCCGCGUGUUCCUGACCUCGCCCACCGAGGUGGCCAAGGUCCGCCUGCAGACGCAGACGCAGCCACAGCCCCAGCAGCGGCGCCUCUCUACCUCGGGGCCCUCGGCUGUGCCCUCUGUGUGUCCUGCGCCCCUUGGAAGGCUGGUGCCUGGCCCCAAGUACCACGGGCCGCUGCACUGCCUGGCCACGGUGGCCCGUGAGGAGGGGCUGCGGGGUCUCUACAGAGGCAGCUCGGCCCUGCUCUUUCGGGAUGGCCACUCCUUCGCCACCUACUUCCUCUCCUACGCCCUCCUCUGUGAGUGGCUCACCCCCGCCGGCCACAGCCAGCCAGAUGUCUUGGGUGUGCUGGUGGCCGGUGGCUGUGCAGGGGUCCUGGCCUGGGCCGUGGCCACCCCCAUGGACGUAAUCAAGUCCCGCCUGCAGGUGGAUGGGCAGGGCCAGCGGCGCUACCGGGGCCUCCUGCACUGCAUGGCAGCCAGUGUGCGGGAGGAGGGGCCACGGGUCCUCUUCAAGGGGCUGACGCUCAACUGCUGCCGCGCCUUCCCUGUCAACAUGGCGGUCUUUGUCACCUACGAGGCUGUGCUGAGGCUCGCCCGGGGCCUGCUCACGUAGCUGGUCCUGUGCCCCAGGGGCCAGCCCGCCAGCAGCUUCCAGAGGUCGCAGUGGCUGAGGGAGGUGAAGGGGUGUGUCGGGGUCUGGGCCCCACUGGGCCGUCCCCAGGACAGCCGAGCCUGCCGCAGCGAGUCAGCCGAGGCCUGGGCUUGGCCUGCCCAGCUGCAGACCACGAGGAGGUCAGGGGCCAUCUGCCAUCAGCCCGGGUUGGCCUGAGGGUCACAUGGGCCGGGGGGCGUGGGCCUCUUGGGUGAAGACGGCCGUCCCAUGGAGCCGUUUGUGCAUUUGGUCAGUGGUUCAUUCUAGCUUUGUGGCCACCCCUCCCUGCCCCCGUGUCUUCACUGCCCACUUGCGCCUGUAC